CGGUGACCUAGUACGCUGUUGAAAAGUUUGGUGGUGUCUGAUUGAGAUUAGUUUUUCAUUACAGGUCUCACACUAAACAAAUAACAUAGCACAUAGUUUGUUCAUAUGAUUGACAGCGCCUGUGAGCUACAUAACACCGAGUGACGGCGGUUGGCAGCAGCAGCUGAGAAGGUCCACUGAAGUCAUUAACUUGACAUCACAAGAUGGCCGCCUAAGACAAACCAAGUGAUGUGAUUGAAACUAAUCUUUAAUUUAUUCGGUCACUACUACUAAAUACUGUUAUUGUUAAGACGUUGAUCAACUGUAAUUGAUUAAGUACAUUUUGAGGAGCAUCAAUUAUUUAAAUUGGUGGGGAAAAUAAAUGCUUCGACAUGCCGCCGUCACGAGGAAUCAAGAAGCCGAAAGAAGACAAGAGUGAUCAUCGAGUAUUGGCCAAUAGAUACAGAGUUGAGAAAAAACUUGGCAGUGGGAAUUUUGGAACCGCCUUCCUGGUUUUUGAUUUGAAAACCAAGAAAGGUGAUGAAGAACUUAAAGUUUUAAAAGAAAUUGCUGUAGGUGAGUUAGCACCUGAUGAAACCGUUGAUGCCGUCCAUGAAGCCAAACUACUUUCAAGGUUAAAUCAUCCCGGUAUUGUCAGAUUUUCUGACAGCUUUCUAGAUAUGGAAUUUUUUUGCCUUAUCACAGAAUAUUGUGAGGGAGGAGACUUGGAUGUGAGAAUUACCAAAGCCAAAAAAGAAGGGAAAUCAUUUGAGCAGAACCAAAUAAUGGAUUGGUUUGUCCAGCUUGCAUUGGCUGUUGACUACAUGCAUAGCAGGCGUGUUUUACAUAGGGACUUGAAAACCCGAAAUAUUUUUUUGAAGAAUAAUAUGUGCAAGAUAGGUGACUUUGGAAUAUCCAGAGUGUUGAUGGGUACCACAGAUCUGGCCAGUACUUUCACUGGUACUCCUUAUUACAUGAGCCCUGAAGUCUUAAAACAUGAAGGUUACAACUCAAAAUCAGAUGUGUGGUCUAUAGCAUGUAUACUAUAUGAGCUAUGCGCUCUAGAACAUGCCUUUGAAGGACAAUCACUGAUGGGUGUUAUGUACAAAAUAGUGGAAGGAAAGAUACCAAAAAUACCAAAUAAAUACGAUAAAAAUAUCCAAGAAAUACUCACCAAGGUACUAAUUAAAGAACCUGGGAAUCGACCAUCAGCGGCAGAAGUUCUCAAUUUACCAUUUGUUGCCAGGCAUAUGGAAAAAAUGGCGACCCGAAUGGCUGGGGUUCGUGAGCAUCAACGUGAUGUAGAAGUAGACAUUGAUCAGCAGCAGCAGAUUUUUGCGCUUGCGCGUGAGAAAACUCAUUUACAAGAUUUAAGAGAAGAAUCACUGAACAAACUAACUCCCAAGGAGCAAUUGAUAAUGAGAAAAUUGCAAGAUGCUGAUGAAAAGGCAAAAGAACUGACAAUGCAUACAAGAGCCAACCUUGCUGAAAAUAUUCAUAGAAAAGCUCUGAUACAGGGAACAAUUUCAUCCUAUAACAGACCAGCCUGGCAAGGUGGCAGAGGGGAGGCUGCUGGAACCAUGGCUGGUGGUACAGUGAUAUACCAUGACGAAUCGCCGGGUGGUACACUUGUUUACCAUGGUGAGCCCGAAGGUACAUACUAUGAGCCGGAGGAUUACUCUGGUACAAUGCUGUAUGAACGAGAAGACAUUGGUACUGUGUACCAGACACGUGUUGAUAUGGGUCAAGUUGUCUACCAUGAUGAUGAUGAUGACGUCGUUAUGAGAACUACAGAAGGCUCUUCUUCGCCAAGUGAUUUCUCCACAACUUACAUAGUCAGACCUGACGACAGGCCCAUAAAUCCUAUGAAAAAUCCUAAUCAAAUUUAUUCUAGUCAGAAUGGUCAAGAGAAAGAUAAUAGACUUACACAAAGUGCUCCGGUUCCAUUUACAUUACACGAUGACAGACCAAUCAAAGCAGCAGCUUCCUUAGGAUCCACUUCAUAUGACAACCGUCCAAUCACACCCAUGACAAAACCCAUUAACUGGGACGAUCCAGAUAUAACUAAUGCUGUCCCUCCCGGGCUAAGCGGUUACAAGAAAACAGGUACCCGGCAACCGAGAAAACAAACUAAGAAAGCCGCACCAUCAAAGAAGCAAGGUACAACCCCUCCAAAGAAACAAGUUACAAAGAAAGUGCCCCCGAAGAAGGUUGAUCCCCAACCACUUGUAGUGGAGGCUCCAAAGCCAGAGGAAGCGGUUUUACCAGAGAAAAUCUUGAAUGCUAUUCCAGAAGAUGCGAAUGCAGCAGAAACAUUUUACUCGGAACAUGAAGAUUUUGAGUCUGAUGGUGAUGAUGAUGUUGACGCUUUGAUUGGAAUAAUGCAACAAGCUUUACACAAUCCACAUGAAGUGCAAGACACGAUAGCUGACAGUUCUAUGGGAAUGUUUUCUCCAACUGUGAGAGCCAGUAAAAUCACCAAUCUCAGAGCUGAAUGUGAGAGAAAGCUUGGCAAGAAGGAAUUCAAGCUAGCGUAUAGCUACUUAAAACAAGCCAGGUUUGGCGAAGGAAUGGGCGAACAGUCUGUGGACGAAGGAGAGCUAAUGAAAGGACUGAAAAAGUUUGUGAAGAAUCCCAGCGACUGUUUUCUUAUUGAUCAACUUCUUUUUCUGGAAUAUCAAGCAAAUAUAUGAUCUGGUGGGAAAAGCUGAAAACCUUUAUAUUUACAUUUUUUGUAUAGUAACAAUUUUAAAUAAUUUCGGCAAUAGUUUUUUUUUUUCAUUUUUAAUCUGUAUAUAGUUGAAAAAAAGGCAAUUGAGAAACCAAAUUGUGCUACACCAUAAUUACGUGGCUAUGUUAUGAUUGUGAAAUUUAUUUGCGAGAGAGAUGAGCACAUAUCACUAAUAAUUAAUUUUAGAUGUGUACGAGGUAGAUAUUGUUUUUAAUGUAUGUAGACAUGUUCUUGUGUUGGACACCAAUCAGGUGACUCCCAACAGCCAAUCAAAUUAAGUGAUUUAAGUCGUCUUGAAUCAAAACAAGACUAGCUGGUUCUGGUCAUUCACUUUUUCCAAA